UGCGUGUUAUUAGUGAGAAAAAUUGCUUCUCCUCCUCCUCCUCCUUCCUCCAUUACUUCUCCCCUCUCUGUCCUCUGCCCUCUCUCUCUCUCUCUCUCUAAACACCGGGGAGAAACAGAAGAACGGAGCGAGUAGAAAAGACAGACCAACAGCGACCGAGAAUUUUUCACUUGAGAUGGGCAGUGGAAUUUUUGACUUGUGGAUCUGAAACAUACAUACAUACUAGAUUCGUUGUUGAAUCUGCCUCCCCUCUUUAUUUGCUCGGCGUUGCUUUGCUUCAGCUGGGUGUUUUGUUGGUGAUUGGUUGAAGAAGAGCGGCUUGGGCAUGGUGAAGAAGGAGGGGCCGUGCUGCCACUGCGGAAUCAUGGGCAGCCCUAUCUGGCGAAACGGGCCACCCGAGAAGCCAGUGCUCUGCAAUGCGUGUGGGACAAGAUGGAGGAAAAAGGGUACACUGGAGAACUACACACCAACGCGUCGUCCCCAAGAUGCUGAAGCAGAGAGGAAACAACACAAGAAAAAGCCCGUCCGCAGAAUAGUGAAGAAAGAACCAUCUUCUCAUCACAACUUGGGGAAGACAGGGGAUGCUGCUGACACUUUUAGCAAUCCAUCUGGUUUUGGAUCAGCGGCAUCGUAUUCAGGUUCAGCGCAAUCACAUGCUUGGGAGUCACUGGUACCAUCAAGAAAAAGGACUUGUGUCGCUCGUCGUCGUAAGCCGUCAUCGCUGGAAACGCUUGCAGAGGAUCUCAACUCCAUAAUGCACCAAGAGAAGUUAUGUUCUGGUUCAGGGGUUUGUACCAUUCCAGGAUCCUCGGAGGAAGACCUACUGAUUUAUCAUAGCGAGACUGCAGUUGGAUCCUUUGAGAUCGGUUACGGAAGCAUGCUCCUUACACAUCCAUUCAAGCAUGCUUCUUAAUGAUUUAUCAGAGUUUUGUUUUUGGAACUGAACAAGUUCAGAGUUUUGGCCGGUUCAGCUUCUCCCUUUUUAUAUUGUGGCUGGUGAAUGUACAUUAGUCAAUUUGUUUCUGGGUGAAUGUACAUUAGUCAAUUCUGGCAGCAAUCAAUCAAGUAGUAGUUGUUUUGCAUAAAGAAAAUCUUUCUUUGUGG